CGCCCCGUCCGUUAGGCACGCCCUAGACGCGGGAGGACACGCCCCGUUGCACGCUCGUGCAGCCCCUCGGUGCUCACGCUGGAUCCGGGGAUUCUUCCACCAUGGACCUGCAGCUGUUGGAGCAUCGGGUGCGGGUGACCAGCAUAGACAAGUCCGGUCUCUGGUUCUACACACACCCGCUUGUCAAGUUACUGCUCCUCCGGCACCGGACCAGAUGCAAGUUUUUCAGUUUGACGGAAACUCCAGAAGACUACACUGUGAUGCUGGAUGAAGAGGGAUUUAAAGAGCUUGCGAAGUCAGAUUUCCUUCAUGUGGCAGAGAACACCUGGAGAGUCCUAAAUGUGCUGUCCAAUGGAAUACAGACUGGAGGCGUUACAAAGAUUGCAAAGUCGGUCAUUGCUCCCCUGGCUGAGCAUAAUGUGUCUGUGCUAAUGCUCUCCACCUAUCAAACGGACUACAUUCUGGUGCGUGAGGAUGAUUUGCCUGUGGUGUUCCACACACUUCUAGGAGAUAUACACAUCUACAAGGAAGAAGAUGGAGACCUGGUCCCAAUUGUGAGCGAAGAAAGCAACGGUGUGAAGACUAGAAACUCGUGUGAUCUUACAGUGCAUCCUGUGCAAAGCCCAGGGAACAAGUUCUGUAUACUCACCCUGGAUCGUGACACUCUACCAUCCAUCUCCACCAUUCUCUUAGAUGUCCUCUUCUAUUCUCAUAUGUCUUGGCAUGGCUCACCUGUAACUACACAUGACACGGAGUCGUUUCAUUUCUUUGCCUUCUCCUUGAUAGAUGGGUAUAUAUCCAUUGUUAUGGAUACAGAGACAAAGAAGAAAUUCCCCGCUGACCUACUUUUAACAAGUUCCUCUGGAGAGCUAUGGAGAAUGGUGAGAAUUGGUGGGCAGCCUUUGGGUUUUGGAAGAAGAUCGCUUCUGGGAUCAUUAUGGCUUGGAUCUAGCUGUUUGAGCGCUGGUUAUCUGCUUUGUUGGCCUAAGCUUUCUGAUGAAUGUGGAAUAGUGGCACAGAUUGCUGAGCCUUUAGCUGCCGCAGACAUAUCUGCUUACUAUAUCAGCACCUUUAAUUUUGACCAUGCCUUGGUUCCAGAAGAAGACAUUAACUGUGUGAUUGAGUUACUAAACCAGCGUCAGGAAAAUAAUGGCUAAGGCAAGCUCUGCCUCUCAGUUCAUCAGUCUUCGAUGAUGCAACAUGACAGAGGAGGAAGUUGGGCCAUAGGCUGCACACGCUAUAUGGCUGGGUGUGACGUAUUGCCAAGCCAGAUGAGAAUUUUUUCUCAAUUGGAUUUUUAAGGUGCUAUGUUGACUCUCCAGUGCCAGUUGACUGAACGUUAACUGAACACAAUAAACUGUGUUCUGAUAUUCGGGUAUAGUCACUAUGAGUUCUAGUAUAGGCAGACAAUUCUCUGCUGCAUUUGUGCACUUUGACCGUUUAGUUUUUGUCUGUUCUUUGUGUUUUUUGCACCAAGCUUCUUUUAAAAUUACAAAAGGAAUUUGUAUCCAUAUAUAAACGAUUGGGUAGAUAUUUAAUAUGGCAAUCCUUCUUCCUUUUUUUUUUUUUUUUUUUUUAUGUUUUAA